GUAAAUUCCAAAUAUUUUUUUGAAGAAUACAUGAUAAGUUCAGGUUCUUAAGUUUUGAAAUUUUCCCAUUUAACUUCCCCAUAAGGCCAUAAACCUUCCCAUUCUCACUCUCUCCGCUACCACAUCCCUAUAAUUCCCUCACACCUCCUCUACCUCUUCAACUGCCCACCCCCCCAAAACAAUGGCGAUCAAAACAACGAUCCCAAUCCUGCUCUCCCUCACCGCCGUCUUGUUCGCCGCCGAUGUUUGCAUGGCGGCAACGGCCCCGGUGCCAGCCGCGGACUGCUCGAGCAUUAUCCUGGACAUGGCGGACUGCCUGACGUACGUGAGCGGCGACGCCACCGUGAAGAAGCCGGAGGGGAAUUGCUGCUCGGGGCUGAAGAAGGUGUUGAAAACCCACGCCGAGUGCCUGUGCGAGGCCUUCAAGAACGCCGCGCAGUUUGGGGUGACGUUGAACAUGACCAGGGCCUUGGAUCUUCCCUCCGCUUGCCGUGUCUCUGCUCCUCCUGUUAGUGACUGCGGAUUGAGUAUUGGCACCGGUGGAAUAGGUUCUCCAGCCAUUUCGCCAGUGGGUAGACCUACUUCAAUAGAAGGAGCGAAUGAAAUUGUGGCUCCCGUACCAGCUCCAGGAACCUCAGGUUCUGCUUCACUCACCGCCCAAGCUUUUGAAUCUCUUGUUUUUGCCCUGGUGGUUGCUUCAUUCUCUUUCAAUUGAAAGGCUUAUGGGUCUACUCUUAGAUGAGAGGAUGGAAAUCGGAGGGACUUGUGAUGCUUGUUUCUAAACUUUUGAUAGCAGUCAUCUAUAUUACUAGGAUUUUAUUUUAUUUUUUUUAACCUUUGGUUGUGGGAUAGGAGAUGUCAUUUAUUCCGCGAGUCACUUAUUUUUUUUAGGCCAUGUUUGACAUUUGGAUCCCCGUGUUACUAUUUGAGUUGCAUUAUCAGUUUUA